UCAACGGCAACUAAUCCUGUCAGAACGAAAGAAAAUUGUAAAUGCUCUCUCCAGAAACUGUCCGCCCAUUUGCAGCUAAUCGAACACAAACGCACAAAUAGAGACACCACUCUCUUGCUCUGCUGCUACACACAGCGGGUGAGGGCGAGGAGACCAGUUCCUGGGAGCAGGCACGCGGGGGCACAGACACACUCACUCGCACACACGCACACACGCACACGCCAGCCUGCGGGCUUGGCCAGAACCCUGAAGUCGCAGAUCCCACUUGGAAAUCGCCAGAGGCGCUGGGAGAAGUGGAGAAGCGCAGCUCCCAGACACUAAUUAGUACUUCUCCAGCGCUCGGGUGAAGAAAUGAAGCUCGCCCAGCUCUUCACCAUAUCCAGGUCUCCUUUCUGUUCCGGUGCCCACAGUCAUCUCCCUGAAAGCCAGAUCCAGGGAGAAGGCAAGCGGGCAGCCAGCUGAGGACUCUAAGCAGUACCGCUCGCUCCCAAGCCGGUCCAACCUGAGCCCGCCAAAGGCUCCUCGCUCCAGCCAGACUCUACCAGAUCGCAGCCCCGGGCGACUAAGUCAACGACAGGUUUAAAUGUUUCUUUGGCCACUUGACUACUGAACACAAAAUGAAUAACUCAACAAACUCCUCGAACAAUGGCUUGGCUAUUACCAGUCCUUACAAGACAUUUGAAGUGGUAUUUAUUGUCCUUGUGGCUGGAUCCCUCAGUCUGGUGACCAUCAUUGGGAACAUUCUGGUCAUGGUUUCCAUUAAAGUCAACCGCCACCUUCAGACUGUCAACAAUUACUUCUUGUUCAGCCUGGCCUGUGCUGACCUCAUCAUAGGUGUUUUCUCCAUGAACUUGUAUACCCUCUACACUGUGAUUGGCUACUGGCCUUUGGGACCUGUAGUAUGUGACCUUUGGCUAGCACUGGACUAUGUUGUCAGCAAUGCCUCCGUUAUGAAUCUCCUCAUCAUCAGCUUUGAUAGAUACUUCUGUGUCACGAAACCUCUGACCUACCCAGUUAAGCGGACCACAAAAAUGGCAGGCAUGAUGAUUGCAGCUGCGUGGGUCCUUUCCUUCAUCCUCUGGGCCCCAGCCAUUCUCUUCUGGCAGUUCAUCGUAGGAGUAAGGACUGUGAAGGAUGGGGAAUGCUAUAUUCAGUUCUUUUCCAAUGCCGCCGUCACCUUCGGCACUGCCAUUGCAGCUUUCUAUCUGCCUGUCAUCAUCAUGACUGUGCUCUAUUGGCAUAUAUCCCGGGCAAGCAAGAGUAGAAUAAAGAAGGAAAAGAAGGAACCUGUGGCCAACCAAGACCCAGUAUCUCCGAGUUUGGUGCAAGGAAGAAUUGUAAAGCCAAACAAUAACAAUAUGCCUGGUGGUGAUGGCGGCCUGGAACACAACAAGAUCCAGAAUGGCAAGGCUCCACGGGACGGCGUGACUGAAAACUGUGUCCAGGGGGAGGAGAAAGAGAGCUCCAAUGAUUCGACGUCAGUCAGUGCUGUAGCCUCCAAUAUGAGAGAUGAUGAGAUAACCCAGGAUGAAAACACAGUUUCCACUUCGCUGGGCCACUCCAGAGAUGACAACUCUAAGCAAACAUGCAUCAAAAUUGUCACCAAGGCCCAAAAGGGUGACGCGUGCACCCCAACGAGUACCACUGUAGAACUAGUUGGGUCGUCGGGUCAGAAUGGGGAUGAAAAGCAGAACAUUGUAGCCCGCAAAAUCGUGAAGAUGACCAAGCAGCCUGCCAAAAAGAAGCCUCCACCAUCCCGGGAAAAGAAAGUGACCAGGACAAUCUUGGCUAUCCUGUUGGCUUUCAUCAUAACGUGGGCGCCAUACAAUGUCAUGGUGCUCAUCAAUACUUUCUGUGCACCCUGCAUCCCCAAUACAGUGUGGACAAUUGGCUACUGGCUCUGUUACAUCAAUAGCACCAUCAAUCCGGCCUGCUACGCGCUUUGUAAUGCCACCUUCAAAAAGACUUUUAAGCACCUCCUCAUGUGUCAUUACAAGAACAUAGGCGCUACACGGUAAAAAGACCAUCAAAAGAAGAAAUGUGGUCGAGUGUGUCUUGGGGAAGAACAGAGACAAGAAAGCUGUGUUUAUAGUGACCUGCCACUUCACUUUACAGUCUUACUGCAACAUGAAACUAAGGAGUUUUAGAGAGACACUGUCAUUGUGCCCAUGCUCCAUUUUGGGAAAAAUAAAUUAAUAAACCUUCACCUUAUAAACCCUGUCAGUUUAGGAGCACCGAGAAAAUGAAAGAGGCAAUGCUGAAAUUGCAGAUCUAAGGAACAAUCUCUACUGUCUCCUGCUCUCUUGAAGAAGGGCUUCAGAGUCUCCAAUUUCAUGUCUCUGCACAAGAAGAAUAACCUAGUCUGUUUGUUGUUUCUUUCUGUUGUUCCCCUGUGUGGCGGCGAGAAAGAAAUGACACAUUCCAUGCUAACACAGAGACCUAAAUGGAAAGAAGCAGGCACUGUACAAUGAGAGAGAAGAAGAAAGAAGAUCAAAUAGGAUGCAGAGAUGGUCUGCAGAGCAGCGAGCAUAUUCUCGGCUAUGCUCUGAUCUGAAGGAUUUCAACAGAACCACUUAUUUCUUCUCUCUUCCCCUUUCCCGUCAUGAAAAGCAAGAAAGCAAAA